CACACUACAAUCAGUGAUUCACGAUCAACCAGCGAAGCCGAGAUAGAUUGUUAAAAAUAAAUAAAUUCUUAAGUGUUUUUUUUUAUACCGAAUAACGCACAAUUCUUAACGAACGCCGCGAGCGUAUAAAAGUGCCAAAUUUACAAACGCCGCGCAGCCGUUGUUUUUUUUAUUGUUCAUUGUAUCCCCCAAUAACCCAGCCUGUGCGUGUUUUUGAGUGCGCGUUUCUGUGUGUGUGUGUGAGUUUGUGUGAAAGGAAGAAAAAAAGUGUACAGCCGACGCCGACGACGCGCAGACGCAACGCAACGACAAAUUGCAGGGCGCAGAAUUGAAUUGAAAAACGAGAAACAACACAAAACUAAUUAAAAAGAAUUGAAAAAGAGUAAACCAAAAAAAAAAAAAAACUAAAUAAGGUGGCACCACCCACCUAUCCGAAAACGAUAAUCAAAUAAAAUAACAGUUAAACGAAACGAAAAUGGGUUGUGCCGUGAGUACAGCAAGAGAUAAAGAAGCCAUCGAACGUUCGAAGAACAUUGAUCGGGCGCUGCGAGCAGAGGGCGAACGUGCAGCUUCGGAGGUGAAAUUGCUGCUUUUGGGCGCCGGUGAAUCUGGCAAAUCAACUAUAGUCAAACAGAUGAAGAUUAUACACGAAACCGGCUAUUCGCAGGAGGAGUGUGAGGAAUAUCGACGCGUUGUCUAUAGCAAUACGGUACAAAGUCUGAUGGUCAUAAUACGGGCCAUGGGACGACUUAAAAUUGAAUUUGCCGAUCCCGGUAGAACGGAUAUUGCCCGACAAUUCUUCACACAUGCCUCGGCGGCCGAUGAGGGAUUACUCUUACCCGAAAUUGUAUUGCUAAUGAAGAAACUUUGGGCCGAUGGCGGUGUACAGCAAUCAUUUGCACGCUCACGUGAAUACCAAUUAAACGAUUCGGCUGGCUAUUAUCUCAAUUCAUUAGAUCGUAUUGCGCAACCGAACUAUAUACCCACACAACAGGAUGUACUCCGGACACGAGUGAAGACCACGGGCAUCAUUGAGACGCAUUUCUCCUGCAAACAGUUGCACUUUAAACUCUUUGAUGUGGGCGGUCAACGUUCGGAGCGUAAAAAGUGGAUACAUUGCUUUGAAGGAGUCACUGCCAUAAUUUUCUGUGUUGCAUUGUCGGGUUAUGAUCUCGUUUUAGCGGAAGAUGAGGAAAUGAAUCGUAUGAUUGAAUCACUAAAACUCUUUGAUUCCAUAUGUAAUUCCAAAUGGUUUGUGGAGACAUCCAUUAUAUUGUUUCUGAAUAAGAAGGAUCUGUUUGAAGAGAAAAUCAAACGUUCACCGCUGACGAUAUGUUUCCCAGAGUACACAGGUUCAAAUACCUUUGAGGAGGCAGCCAAUUAUAUACGCAUGAAAUUCGAGAAUCUCAAUAAACGGAAAGACCAAAAGGAGAUCUAUACGCAUCUCACCUGCGCCACAGAUACGAAUAAUGUGAAAUUUGUAUUCGAUGCCGUUACCGAUGUCAUUAUCAAGAAUAAUCUUAAGCAAAUUGGUCUAUUUUAAGUUUUAUAUAUAUUUUAAUAUAUAUAUAUAUAUAUAUAUUUUUUUUUUUGCUGGGGGAAAAGAUUAUGAAGUGAUUCAAGCGUUGUAGUAUUAAAAGGAAGUACGCAAAAAGACAGACAUUUCCAUUACAUUCAUAAUUAAGAAUAUAACAAAAAAAAAAAACAAAAAUUUUUUACAUAUACGUAAAAUUUACACUCCAUAAUAACAAACAUACCUAUAUCUUUA